CAGGGACAACAGCCAACCACGGUUACCACGCCCUCUUACCUUCACUCAUUCUUCCUUCUCGAAUUCCCAAAGCACAACAUAAAUAUAAACAAAAAAAGAAACAGAACUCAAAAACAUUUGUGAAAGUUCAAGAAUUAAAGCACAUUACAGCAUAUUAAUUCAUGGUGGCUCUAAGCAGCCUCCAAGUUGUCCAGUUUAGACCUCCACAAGAUCUUUCAUUACAUAAAUGUAGACCAAGAAGUUUCAUCAAGUGUAGGAUUGCAGAGCCAACAGGAGAACCGGCCCCUUUAGGACAAAAAACAAAAUACAUGGAUGGGUUCUUUGAGAAAGCGUUCAUGACUCUAUUUGCUAGAAAGAUGGAGAAGUUUGCGGCUCCUGCAAAAAAUGGUUCUGCGAGUAAAGAGAAGGGGUGGUUUGAUUAUGAUUAUGAGAGUUUUGUUGAUGUUUCAAAGAGAGUGAUGCAAGGAAGAAAUCGCAAGCAGCAACAAGAAGUGGUUCGUGAGGUUCUCUUGUCUAUGCUCCCUCCAGGUGCUCCUGAGCAGUUCAAGAAAUUGUUUCCACCUACAAAAUGGGCUGCAGAAUUCAAUGCUGCAUUGACUGUUCCUUUCUUCCAGUGGUUGGUUGGGCCUUCUGAGGUUGUGGAAGUGGAGGUAAAUGGGGAGAAGCAAAAAAGUGGAGUACAUAUAAAGAAAUGCAGGUACCUUGAGAAUAGUGGAUGUGUAGGAAUGUGUGUGAACAUGUGCAAGAUUCCUACUCAAGACUUCUUCACUAAUGAAUUCGGGCUUCCAUUAACUAUGAUACCUAAUUUUGAAGAUAUGAGUUGCGAAAUGGUUUACGGCCAAGUUCCACCCCCAUUUGAAGAGGAUCCAGUAGUAAAACAGCCUUGUCUUGCAGAUAUUUGCACCAUAGCAAGUCCCAACUCAAGUUUUUGUCCCAAGUUAGAAGCUUGAAAUGAUCUUGCUUCUCAAUCCACUUGAUUGUAAAAGAAUCAUGUAUUUGAUGUGUGCCUUUCAAACCAUCAACCUCGGUCUUAUCAUUAUUGGACAUAAAAGUCUUCUGUAAAAUCUAGCCAGAACCAGCUUCUUUUUUUCAUCUUUACAAAUUUGUAAAUCUCAAACUAACUGAUAGUCUGCUUUUUUAUAAGCCAUGGUCACAUCCAUGGCAAUCGGUUAAGUGUAUAUUCUACACUCAGUACGAUAGUUUCCAAGAAUGCAGCUUAUUAGCUGGAA